AGAGGAACAGGAAGAGAGGAGACGAGAGAGAAGGUAGCAGUCAGACAGAACGGGCGAGAGCUUGUCACAUCGGCAUGUGAAACGCUUCAUACCAGGCUGUUUUUUUUUCUUCAUUUAGAUAUCGAGAAGACAAAUUAUGUGAAAUAUGCGCUGCUUGGAGUGUGGGAACUUCAACAGAUGAAGCUGUAAAAGGACAACUUUUAAGGGUUUGACAACAAGCUUGAUGGACUGUGCAGAGAUCAAAGUUGAAAUGGCUGAAGAGGGGCUUCUGGGACGUCUCCACAUCACAGAAGAGGGAGACAUAACAGAGGGUGUAUCUGAAACAGGGGCAGCUGUUGUUGUUCAGAGCUGCAGCGUAGAUUCAGCCCUAAAUAAGGAAGAGGAACAGGCUGGAGAGGACGAGAAAGAAGAAGAUGAAGCGAGUAAAAUGUGUUUAGAAGAGCGAGAGACCAAAGCAGAGGACAUUCAAGGAGAAAAACAAGAGGACACUGAGGAUGUAAAUGAUGGACAAAACAGAGCUGAUGGGCAGACACUCGAGAUGAUGAGGAUUAAUGAAAAACCUGAGAAACCGAAUGAUACAGAGGACGAAAAAGCUACUGAAAUUGACCCUAAAUUUGACAGAAAAAGCUUGAAUUCCUCAGAGUUACCUGAAGGCAACACAAAAGAGGCUCACCGGUUAACCCCAGACUUCCCGGAGUCGCUGUAUGAGCUGCUCUGCACCCUCCAGGAGGGGAGGCGGCUCAAUGACCAGCGCUGCUCCUUCAGCCUGGAGGCCGGUGGGCUGAGGAGGAGGAGGUGCCACUCUGAGCCCAACACGGGCAAACCAACACACAGAGUCAUCUUUUCCUCCAUGACUUCACUGCAGAAAGAGGAGUUUUUCGAGCUGGUGGCCACUGCUCAGGCUCGCAGGCUGGAUGACCAGAGGGCGCAUCUCGACAGGUCUCCACCGACAAAAUCAAAGACAAGAAGUUUCAGAGGCAGCAUAAAGCAGCUCUCUUUCGUGAGAAGGCCUGUGUCUGUUCCUGCACCAACUCCUGCUGUGGCUCCUGUGCCCAAAGAGGAUCUGUAUAACAUGAUUCUUACCACACAAGCUCAAGGCAGACUGGAGGAUCAGCGCAGCAGGGCCCCUGGUCCCAUGGAUGAUGAGGACUUCUUCUCCCUGCUCCUGAGGGUCCAGGGGGGGCGCAUGGAGGAGCAGAGGACUGAACUGCCAUGCCUGCUGCAAACCUGAGAUGGAAAAAAUGCAAAAGAACUGUGGGAGUCACAGAGGAAGCCAUCCAGUAUUGUAGCCUUUUAGCCGUAUUUACUGUUAAAACAGGGUCUUUUUUUUACCCUGAUGACGCUUUUUUAGAGUUUUGUCAUCACUUUUGAUGUCAGUGCUAAGCUGUUGAGACUAGCGAAAACGCUAAUGUUUAAGCAAUGGAGCAUUUAGAGUGGAUCCUGAUGUGAUUGUGAAGUUUACAAGUUAGGUAUUUUAAUCUAUCCUCAUAAAUAAGAGCUAUAGAUGUGCUUUUUUAUAUCCUGUGCUGAGCGUAUGUGAUGAGUGUUUGGAUGGUUUUGUGUUUGCACAAUUUUUAAGUGUGGAGGAGGCAGUCUACUGAUCUCUACAGUGUUUUUCUUUUUGUACAAUAGAUAUUAAACACACAAGGGAUGGUGGUAAGAAGACAAUAGUUUAAAGGCCACUGAAUGCAUGACUGUAAACUCCUCCAGUAAAUAAACAUCUCUCAGAGCAA